CGUCUUGGACUUUCUUGGGAAAACCUUUGCGUCACGGCCCGGACGCACGUCGGUGUAAGCAUCCGGAGGAGCGGGUGUAGCCUGUCAGUCCGUCUCCUUCUCCCGUCUCCUGAGCACUGCUCUAGUUCUGUCCUCGACCGUCGACUGUGGCAUACAGUGAUCCGUGCAGUCACUCGCAGUGAUUCACAGUGAUCCACAAUAGCCCUCCCCUGGUGGCCUGCUGUCACUUACAGUGACGUAUAGUGACUGAGAGAACCUUCAGAGAUCAGCUGGGGAAUCGCAAGAUAAAAAAAUUGAAAAGGGACAGUGACACCAACAGUGACACCUGGGUGACGCAAGUGACACCGACAGUGACGUCUGGGUGACGCAAGUGACACCGACAGUGACGUCUGGGUGACAAGUGACACCGACAGUGACGUCUGGGUGACAAGUGACACCGAGGAAGACAAGAGUGAAGGUGCCACAGGAAGUAUGAAGGUGACCCGACCUUUGACCUUCCUCACUCUACUGGUCAUUCCUCGCCACACGUCUGCACAAGGUACGCAUGAGGUCGAGACCCACAGCGGAUGUUACCUGCCCCUGGAGCUCUUCGAGAGCCGCGAGGUCACGCUGACCGCUCAGGUCAACCUCACUAACAGCGCCCUCGCCCUCGCAAUGAAGAACGCAGCGGUGGUGACGGGGCCGCUUGGGAACGCGGUCACGGCCAAGUUUAACUCUGCCAGCAUCCGCACGGGCCCCAGCACCACCUGGACGGUCAACACUCCCCAGAACCUGUCAGGGAGCAGCUGCCAGGAGGACUCUACACAAUCCAGGGAGUUUGCUUCAAUCAGACACACAGGGACAAGGGACUCACGAAGUCCCUAGUGGUCCUGGUGACCCUGCUGGUGGUCUCCGGGGUCAUCAACCUCGGCCUCCUUACAUACGUCUUCGUCCUCCGGGUGGAGAAGGCUCGUCUUAAGAAGAAGACAGAACUAUUCCAUGGUAUCCAAUCUGAGGCACACGCACGCCCUCAACCCAUGGCACCAGGCAGCCCUCAACCCAUGGCACCAGGCACCCCUCAACCCAUGGCACACAGGGAAAUGGCAUCAUUCGACAACACAGUCUACUAUGAUAAGUCACGUGAGAGCGACAAGUAUGACAACACCAGGGUUGAUUCUGUUCUCUAUGACGAUAUCACCACUCUCAAGAUGGUGUAGUGGAUAUCAUGAUGAGUUGAAAUGCGAUCCCUUAGUGUGUUGGUUGAGAUGAGCCCUCAUCUCUAAGUUGCAGAAUGAUCCCGCAAUGUACGAUCUCUUCGAUUUCAUAAAACUUGCACAGAGGGUUGGGGUUACAGGCUAUCUUUCUUAAAGCAUAUAAUUUAGGCUUACCCCGACUUGCCUAUGUCCGUCCCAUACCACAGACCAUUCCCCCUACAAGCCUCCAAAUUCAGACAAACAAAACGUUCUCUUUUAAAGGUAAAGAGGUGAAACCUAGUGAGGCUCGUGGGAAUAUUUCUAUCAAAUAUUGCUUUAAAAGUUUAUUCAUUUUAUUUGCAUGAUUUAUCAUUGUUUAUUUAAUAAUUAUUAUUGUUGUUUGAUUAGUGUAAAUAAAUUAUCAGCUAAAA